AUGACUGCCCUGGCUCGAUAUCUCCCAAUAUUGCCGCUUUUUCUGGUUGGCUUGGGACUUAUUUGGCUGGGACACGACGGCGCGGCGGCCGCGCAGUCCCACGUGGCACAGAAGACAAAGGAGGGCGCGGCACAAGGCCAGGAAGGCCUUGAAGAGCGGCUCGCAUACGGCGAGGCACCUCUUCCUCAUCGCGACCCACCACGGAAGCAUGGCUCCCAAACAGAAUGCUUCCAAUGCUGGGGGCAAAGCUGGCGGGAAGACCCAGGGCAAGACCGACGUUCCACAACAAUCGCGUGUGGAAUACGGCUUACCUUCGGCCGUUGCGUCUGCCCUGCAGUCUAUAUCGACAAGAGCCACCCAAGAUCUUUGGGGUCAGCAUGCAUUCGCCACGGACGAGGCGUCCGUGGAACAGCUCGCACAAAGGCAUGCAAACUCUCUGGCCCGGCUCUCCAAACGUCUGGCAAGCGACUUGCGUGCGAAAGAGGAGCUUGGCACGUCCUUGGGUGCAUGGUUGACGAUGAUCAGCCAGCACUUGCUCGGACUUGUGGGUCGUGUCGAGCCAUUGGCAACAAGCUCGACGAGGACAUCGUUGCAGCCGUGGGAGAACUGCAGGAGGUUCUCGUACAUCAGCCAUCAACGGCAUCCUCCGAGAAGGUGGCUGCGGCGACAUCGGCCCUUGGUGCCGUCUGGCACGGUGCGCAGGAGGCCGAAAUACAGCGCAUUGCUGUCGCGCUGAAGGCUUUCGCUGCUGUCGGUGCGCCGAUGCCUAUGCCGAGCCAUCUGGGCCACACGGGCGGUGGCCAACUGAGCUCGGGUCAACUGCCGGCACCAGCUCCUUUCCACAUGGGCGACAUCCUUGCUGGACCGACUGCUGUGCUGCCCUCGGCCCACGAGGGCUCCGAGGUCAGCUUUGGUGGUGCGUUUCAGGAUGUGAACAUGGCGCCCCAUACUGGGAGUGUGACUGUGGACCCGGCCCAUAUACAGGUCACACGAUGGCGGAAACGAGGCAGUGGGACUGUGGACAGACCAUCCAAAAGUCCCAGACGAGGCCCGGGACCUGUGGAUGUGGGCGAGCCAUGGGCGCAACCUUCCACGGGGCUUACUCCCCAAGGCAUACCCAAGCCCCAACAGACCGAAGUGGAGGACGACGUGGAACUUGUGCCAGAUCCUGGUGCUGUCCAAGAGGCUUGGUGCCGCGCAUGGCUGGCAGUCUUAGCCAUGGUUGCCGACAGUGGAUCGGACGUUGUCGGGGAGCUGUCUUCGUGUCCGGAGCAGGACGCCGCCCUGCCAAAUGCCGUCGACGAACAAGCGGUGGAACAGGUUGUACAAGCUGCGGGUGGUGCCUGGGAUCAGCUGCUCCAUGUGGUUGCAGGGCCGUCUCUACAGCUACUGGAAGACCUCCAUCUUCGUCUGCAAGACGUUUUGCAUCGCCUGCGGAGCUGCACCGGAGCCCUGUCCAAGGUACGCCAGGGCGUACUGGUGGCAGCACAUGCAGCAACGGGGAGCAUCAACGAUCCCUUCAGCUAUGCCCCCGGGACGUGGCAAGAAUGGCUGCACCCAUCGCUUGUGGUGGAGCAGGGCCUGCCCCAACAGGGGUAUCUUGCAGCCGAGGUCGCUUCCAACGCGCAUGUGCAGAUUCUGUGUCGACUCACAUGUCCUUUCCCACGGAAUGUGGCCCUUGCCUUGCUUGCUUUACUCCCGGAUGCCGCCUUGAGCCCCAACCCUAGACUGUUGUGCGCCGGCAUCAGCGACCUCAUUGCCUUCCUCCCAGGCAGGGGUAUGGUCUUUUGCCCCCAGGCCCUCCUCGCCCUGUCUUGGGCUUCGCAUCGAUGGCACUGUGCCUAUGAGCUGGUCUUGACCUUUUCUUGGGUCACCUGUCUCAAGGCUGCUGUAUUUGGGAAGUCUAGUGCGGCCUGUGGCGCCAGAGGUUCUUUAGCGGGUCUUAGGAUACAAGGGGCUCGUUUCCGCACCAACGUGCGUCUGCGCCGCUCCAGUGGGCCUCGCUUCAAGGUGACGCUUCUUCUGCUCUACCUUUCAGUUGCUGAUGGCGCCACUCUCCACCUUGGCGCGGCGGUUGUCUCCUCCUGGUGGCUGAGAUCCCCCACUGCUGUGCAACUGCAUGCCCACGGCUUUCAUGAGGGCUUGUCCUCAGUACGGGGCCGGUUCUGCCCACUCCUACUGCUGAGGAAAUGUGCGAGGUAUACCCCGUCGGCCGCACGGGUAACUUGCUUCUCCCGCGCACCGACCGCAGUCGUCGGCACCUUGCUGCUUUUGUGGGUACACCGCCUGGGGCUCCCAUUCUCGAACCUUGCCCCGUCCCUUUCUUGGUUGACGAAUGGCUGCAUGGGCCGCUCUUGCAUGCCCGGCUUGCCGCCACCUUGGGAUUCCCUGCCGGUGUCUUCUCUGUCUCAGCCAUCCGUGGGGUACUUCCCGGCCUGCCAAGUGAGCAGCUUCUUCUCACUCCGGCUGCCUGUUCAUGGCGUCAAGUCUGGCUGCCGGUUGACCUUCGUCCGCUGGGUGGCCGACGUUGACACUCUGCAAUUUCAGAUUGGCCCAGCUGCGGAUGCGUUGCAAGGUGAGCCUCCCGACGGCACCCUCAGCCCACGAAGCAUUCCCGGGCUGACUACUGUUUGCGUUCCUCCUCCUGUUUCUGCUCUCGCGGCUGUUACGGUUGCUUCCCGACGGGACCGCAGCAGCCUCCCCCACGAGUGGGUCGAACAGUGCGCUCGUGGCGGGUUCGGCCUCCUCCAUCGAGAGCUUGCGGUAUUACCAGACCAGGUCCUCACCAGCAGUGUCCCGAUUGUUGUCAUGUUCUUCCCGCAUGUUUUCCGUCAAGAUUCUUCCUCCUCCUCGGAGGACCAGGUAGGCGGCUGGGACACCCCAGGUACCUCUGACACCAUUUCGGCGUUGCAGCACACCCUGUUGCCCUCCCCCGCUAGGGCUUCCACGUCUACUGCCUUGCCCGCAUGCACUGGAGUCACCCCGUCUGAGUUUCUCAACACCUCCCCCCCCAGUGCCUUGGAGCCGGCCGCCGAGCCUGGCUCUGCUUCCUCAUCGGUUGUUAGCCAAUUCAGCGGUACUCGGGGUAUUCUCUUGGCGGCUUGUGUGUUGCGUGGGCUGCAUCAUGACGUCGGGAGCCUCCUUGCCUGGGGUGUGUGCCUCGUCAUCUCCUGUGGGAUGCCAGGUAAUGCCGUUCAGAUGCACAGUGCACCUGCCACUCCUAGGGAUGUUGUGGUUUCAGCUAGUCGGGCUCCUGACCGUCAGGUUGCGGCCCCAGCCGGUGCCCACACGCAUUUACAGGCCAGGUGGCUUCAGAUUGGCGACUUUGGCGAGGGGCCGCUUUGGUCAGCUCUUCCCUCCGCCAGUGAGGUGUUCCUCAUCACCUGCCGCCUUUGGUGGCCCGGAUCUUCGGUCCGCCUUGAAUUCGCCAACACUGAGAGUGCUCGUGACGCUGCCGCCGAGCUCUACCGUCAGGCCAUUCGACUUGGUCGCCCCCAGAUUGUUGCUGCUUCUUCAGGCCCUACUCUUGAGGCGGUUAACCUUGUCUCUCUCCCGCCCCGCCCUGAGACCCUGACGGUUCUUCUGGAUCUAGGUAGAGAGGUUGUCUGUGUUGAACUGCCAAAGGACUACAGUGCUGAUCAUGUUCUUGCGGCUGCGCAGACCGCGGCUGCUUCGGCUGACGUCCAGAUCCUUCGGGGCACUGCCCAUCGUCUUCGCCAAGGGGACGUGGUACGAGUGCGUGUCAGCACAGAGGCGCGCACCCUCGACGUCUCAGCCUUUGUUAUUCCACAUAAUGAUGGCACUGCAUCGCGCUGGCUUCAGGAAGGUCGAAUCGUGUCGCUGCUCCAUCCUGUCGCAGGCGUGUUAUCUUUCGAGGUCCCGCGUGCAUGCGACCUUGACGCUUCUGUGCUGGGUGCGUUGCUGCGCAGCGUUACCCCAGGCCAGCAUGUCUUCGUUGCGCUGCCCGGAGCUGACAUUCUCCCUCAUGCCGCCUUCGUCGCCGCCUUCCCUGGUCAGGACUGUGUCACAUAUCGGUUGACAGAUGCGUCUGACCCCUCUGCUGUGGGUCUGCACUUGGCCUUCUCUGGAGUCUUUGAAUCUUUCCCGGCCUUCUUGGAAAGCCUUCUUCGCAGCAACCGCCCCGCCGCGGCUCUGCUUCGGAGGUUGCAGCCCUUCGGCCUUUCUGUUCUAACCUGGGAAUGCACUUCCUUUCCUGGUCGGGCUGACUGUCGCUACUGGCAUGUCCAUGUGCAGGCCGACUUUGCACGGGCCCGGGAGCACCUUCUGAGCAUCAGCUGGGAGCCGAGACUUGUUCGCACGCCUCCGCCCCUUCCUCCCCCUAGGACCCGGGUUUUCCAUAGCAUAGGUUCCCAAACUAAUGCCCCCUUCAUUUCUGCCAGCACGCCGGCUGCUGUACUCCAGGCACCUCCGUCUGUUUGCGGUGCCGGCGUCACACCCGACUCUGCUUCCGAACUCGUUGACCUCUGGUGCGAUGCAUGGCACGUCAAGUGCUUGGUUGCAUGUUUGCCUGGCUUCACUGUAUGGGCUCUUCGAGAAGGGAGCCGACUCUACGGUAUGUGCACCCCUGCCCCCUCUUGGGAAGCUGUCGCACAGGCCCUAUCCCUGUCCCUCUGGGAGCUCCCACAGACGUUUCUGUCCAGCGACAGCCGUGUUUGGCCGUUUCCCCGUGACAUCACAGGUGUUGCGAUGCAGUGUGUCAGCGUUGGAUACGACUCUCCUGAAGGGGUUUCCCAACUGGUGCGUAACUGCGAGGCUGAGACGCCUAGCCCGCCACCGCCUCCGAGCCCUUUAGCCUCUGCUGCUCUUGGCUUGCCCUGCUUGCGGCGUCACUCGCUACUGUGUGCCCUCAGUCUCCUUCUCCCUGUGGUGUCAGUCCGCGUGACGGUCGAGCCUGCUCCCUUGAUCUCUCAUCUCGCGGAAUCCGAGACACUGCAAACCCGUCGAGAUUUCUCGCGGCCCUGCACUAUGUCUUGGACUCACGAGCUUGCCCGACAGACGCACGGGUUCGCCCUUUCUGCACCUCAACUCGGCGCGUAUGUUACUGGCGCCUCACCCCACUCAGAAGUGCAGAUGCACCUUUGGCUUCCUGGGCAAGGCCCCGUCCACCUGAGGGUUGGUGCUCGACACCUCGACCAGCAUCUUAGUGCUUACCUCGGCGCCUUCUUGCCAGACUGCGAAUACGGAUUGCACGUGGCUUUCGAUUCCAGCCCCCAAGUGCUCGAUCUCCUCGUCUCCCCGCCUUCACCUUAUGGCUGGUGGAUACUGCGAGACUCGAUUGGUUGUGAGCUUCUCCGACCGGUGGUCCAGCACUACACCUCCCAUUGUUCCUUUUUCUUCUGCGCUGUGGAGCCGGAUGGGGUUGUCCAUAACGUUGAGCCCUCUGCUGAAGUCCGCCAUAUGUCUCCCUGCCCGCAAGGGGCCCGGGCACUUAUUACUAGAGUUUUUCCGGGUUUAGAGGGUAAACUUGUUGAUGGAGUUCUUCAGAUUGUCGCAGCCCGGGCUCGGCCCCCCUCGCUUCUCGGCAGUCUCGCGUUGCUCAUGCUCUGCCGCCACGUGGCCUCUAUGCAACCUCCUCAACUGCUUGCUCUUGCCCCAGUCGCCGAGGCUCCGCCGCCUCCUCCGACAACCAUUCGCAUCUGGACUCUCAACAUUAACGCACCUGUUGACCUGCCUUGGCGUCCUCAGGGUUACCCGACACGGUGGUUGCGAGAGCUGAUGUGCCGUCUACACCAUAUUGACGAUCCCGGCGAGUUCCGGCCCACUCAUUCCACCACGGACAGCUCUGUCCAGCAUGUCCUGUUCGUGCCGGUCGUACCUGCCACUCGACCCACGGUCCGGUUUUGGCUGCUCCACUGGGGGGACGCUGCGGCUGUUACUUUCGGGCAUUCGCCUUUCAGUUGGGAUGUCGUCUCUGCCCAUCUCAGAGCUCUCUUCCCGGGGGGCCAUUUGCCAGAGCGGAGCCCUGCUCUCUCUUACGCCGGCCAGCUGUACCCGCCAGGGGCUGCCUUGCCUGAUUUUCCAUCGGGAGCUGUCAUUCAGAUUUUGAUUGGUGCUCUUGCGAGGAUCCCGGGCGAUGACGACCCUUGGAACCCGGACCCGCUGGUGGUUGAGGGACCUUACUUCCGGCACGUUCCUAGCAGGGGCCCGGCGCUAGAACCGGCCAUACUCCUCGAUGGACACGGGAACCGACGUGCUGCCGGCGCAUCGCAUGUCCCUCUGGUUGAUCAGGAAGUCCAAACUGACCUCUCAGGCAAUGGCACUGGCCUCGAUCAUGCUACGGUUUCCCGAGUUCACAUGCUGUCUCAGGAGCUUUCUUUUCACACUUCACGACUCUGGGCCGGCCUUGCUGAACCCGAUGCAGAACCAGCUGGGGAAUCGCAACCUGUUCUGCGACUCGCCUCGCAAAGUACCUGCGCUGCGGUGAACCCCUCCACCGUUGAUCUGCUCGAUAUUGCGAGUGUUUCGAGCUGUCGGCGACAGGAUAGGCUUUCGGUGGUUAUUCUGACCUUAAUAUGUACUCGGGGUUACUUUGGAGCUUCAGCAUUCGGGCGCCUCCUUGCCCUGGCAACCUUAGGUGCAGGUUCCAUCAUCAGUGCGCCGCCUGCUAGUUCGGAUGACGAACAGUCCGAGGAUGAAGGUCCACCGCCUGUCCAAGCCUUCAACAUGUCUGCUGCGGAGCCCAACCCGGUCUCUCGCCCUGCUGGCCCACCACCACCAGAGCCUGUCAAUGCCCCUUUCCAGCCUCGUAUGUGGUACCUCCGCGCCGCCCGGCCGCUGGAGGACUACGCGCUAGGCCUCUGGCCGUCUUCAAUUGAAAGGGAGCCCGCCGCGGACGAGGACACUGUCCGCCGCGUUCAGGCUGACUUGCUUGGUCUUCAACGUGGCUUGCGCUCCUUUGCUGCCGCUAUCCCCCUUGGCACCCCUUUCUGCAUUCACAAUCCCUUCACCGCCCGACAGCAGUGCGAGCUUGUCGAGUAUUCUGCUGGCCCUGAGAUCAAUCCCUUUGUACUAUUCAGGGGACACGCCCGCAGCCGGGGUUGGGCCGAUAUUGUGCCUCUGCAACCGCAGCCUGAUGCUACCGCUGUACACCUCAUCGGGUGUCCACAGGCGCCUGGGAACGCCGCUGUCGGUAUUGUGCUGGAAGGCCGCCUUGUGCCCUGCUGUCUCCCGGUCUGUGUUGGGACCGCGGCAUUACGUGCUCUGCAGCUUGACGGGAGUGAGUACGACCUUCGCCCCCCAGAGGUUCAGGAAGGGUCCUCGGUCGUCCAAUUUCGUAAUGGCGACUGUCUGGCUGUGAGACCUCGUUCUCAGUCACGGUCUCCUCCCCCGCCGGCCCAAGCCGCCGCCCUUGCUGCACCGACUAGCGAAGCCGAACCUGCUGCCGGCAGCCCCGACAUCCCCUUCUCCUCACAAGGUGGCUUCCCUUGGGGUACUGAUCCAAUCAACCGGGACUUCUCCGCCAUUACGGCGGAGGACCCGGUCUACGUUGUCCUGCACAGUCCUUUCUUGGGGGUGUUUCCCCCAUACACAGCCUCCCAUGGCACUCGUCACGGCCAAGUCUGGGCCCAGUUCCUCAACGACGACCCAGGAUGGGCAUCUGACUUCUUUCCUGUGUGGCCGGGCCCCGCCUUCAACGAGUUGUCCAUGGUCCCGGUGGGACAAGAUGCGGCCCUUGUAACCAUAAUGCUGAUGUGGCGGGGUCACCAUCGGGCCACGCUCACUCCGCGGACCAUGACAGUGGCGUGGUUGACAGACUUUAUCUCGCGCCACAUCAACAGCCCCGUUGAUGGCAUUUCCCUGCCGCACGGGCUCGCGAUCUGCGAGCUCUUUGAUGUUCCGCCUGCGGCUUUCCGUUUUCGCAACGGAGAUGUCGUGUACAUCCAUGACCCUCCGGAGGACCCUUCUGAGCCGCUCGAGUUUGUCGAUCCUUGGCACCUUCAGGAUGGCCUUGCAGCUCAUCACGCUCCCUGGGCUACGGGCUUUCAACUUAUGUUCGGCAUUUCUGUACACCUGCUUCGCCCUAAUCGCCCACCCUUGUUGGCCUCUGUUUCCGCUGGAGAAGCCUGGUGCCCAGAAUCCUUUACGUUCACCGGCACUUUUCGUAACCACUUUCCAGGUAUGUGGACACCCGUCCAGUGGUCCAGUGCCCGGGCAUUACAACUGAUCGAGGUCCACGGUGUCGCGGCUCAGGUUAACGUGGUUGCUGCCUCUCCGGAAGGCCGCCUCUGCCGUACAGUUGACCGGAUCGCCUCGCGCGAUAGUCUUGCCGAUCAGCUGCACUUCCUCCCUGGAUCCCUGCAAGUGGGGGGAGUCCCCUCCUACGCUCUCAAUCAGGCAUGUGAGCUUCGGAAUGGGGACGUCGUGUUCGGGGACUUUGCCCGAGGGGCCUGCGGCGGCCGCCCACUUCUGUGGGGUUUGGUCCUGGGCUUAGUUCCAGCUCUCUCCUCCUGUCGAAUGGGAACCUUUCUUUCGCUCCUGCUGGGUUCCCUUGUGGCCCAUUCCGGCCUUUUCUCUCGUCUCCUCAUGCUGACCUGGUGCCUCCCUGGCUCGCAAGCUAUGGUUCCGGAAACUUCGGUGUUGAGCCAGACCACAUCCUCUGCUAUUCCACAAGCUGCUCCACCCAGGGUCUUGGUUACUGUGGCCAACCCUUUUGCGCCAUGGCAUCGUGUUGAGGCUGACCCACGUCACCUCUUUGACGAUGUUAUGGCAGACGCCCACCGCACUCUGACAUCGUGGCAUCGGGGAUUUGCUGCCACUGGCCUGGUUUUAGAAGGGCCAGGGGACGCAGCGGCAGCCACGAUCCUGCAUCAUGAGGUGGAGCUUGGCGUCCUCUCCUCCCUGCCCAACUUGCCCUUAUCUUCUUCGGGCUUCUUGAACCAGCGUGGGGAGCGUCCUCGAGUGCCUCUGGCCGCUGCCCCAGCGCGGUUCUUUCCCCCUGCCAUUGAUUUCAAUGAUGGUGAGCCUUAUGUACCGCUAGGUGGUUGGCAGCCCGAUAACCCCGAUGGCCCUCUUGCACGUUGCUUCCCUGGUCCCCGACCACUCACGGCUCGUGUUUUGUGCCCCCUGCGGGGAUGGAGCGAGACCAGCUUCCUCGACACGACCAGAUCAUGGAGGUCUAUCGAGCAGGAAGGUACGCGCCACUGCGGGCUUUGGGCCCAUCGCUUUUUCCCUGUCCGGGCGGUUCUCCCAAUCUCCCAGAUCACAAUCGCCCCGGUUGCCCCAUACGGUCUUGCUACUGUGGCCCUGCACAUUGAGGGUUGUUCGGCCGUUGCUCUUGCCUCGGUUGACUCGUCUCUUGAUGACAUUCACCGGCUUGCUGUUCGCGUCUUUCCUCACACCCGGUUUUGGCGAGUCAUAGCGCCACCUGUGCUGCGCACUACUAUCCCGAAUGUGCAUAUCAGGCUCCGCAACGGAGACGCUUUUAGCCUCCUUCCCGAGCCUUCCGACCCCGGUGCUACCCGUUAUCCCUUGCUGCAGUAUGCCUCCCUGGAACGGGCACGGCAAGUUGCCAGCUGGUCGCUCCCCUUUCGAUUCGACUCGGGCGGAUACGUCUGCUUGUGGUAUACGGGCCGUCGAUCUGGCCAUAGCAUCCGGAUCAGAGAUACCGGCUAUUGGGAUCCCGAGGGUCCCACCUUCUGGAGUCUUAAUGGCAGAGCGCUGUCAGGGUCAUGGGUCCCUGUUCUCUCUGGGGAUCUAUCCAGUCUGCACCUGGUGCACAGCACCUCCACUGGUGAGGCCCAUGUCCUCCUCUUAAUGCCCCCCGAUCUUGAGCCUCAGGGGUUGUUGCUCGCUGGUUGCAAUGCCUUCCGUGCACCGCCUGGGUGGCGCCUUCUACCCGCUCUGCAGUACGUUCGGGCAGACAGUCCUCUCCGAGAUGGGGAUGUUCUUGUGCUGGACCCGACUGCUGAUACGGUUUGGGACCCUACCGGACCGCCCCUGCAAAGCCUUGCGGGUCCGGCCCCGGGCCCUGUUGCGCGCCCACGUUGGGGGCCCUCGUCCUCUGUUGCCGCGGCCAUUUCUGGCCGCUGGGUCUGGCUUGCUGUCCUUUCCGCCAGAUGGCCCCGGCUUCUCGCCCUUGCUUGCUUGGUUGGUGCCGGUCAGGGCAUGAUUCCCGCUUUAGAUUUGCCGGAACAGCCCAUACGAGUGGGUUUCUUCCCGUGGCGGGCCCCAGCCGCUGCGGCCGAUCUGGUUGAUCUCACCAACCGCACAGAGAUUGACAUUGUCCUUCUUAGUCCCUUCACAGGUCCCCAGGAGGCUGGAUCGGCACUUCUCUAUCCUGGUGCCUUGCACUACCUCUGUGUCCUGGAUGAGCGCGGCUCCGCUUCUUACAGCCGAUGCAAACUCUCUCUGUUCGCGCACCCAGUGCUCUCACAGCCGAUGCCACAUCUGACCAAGAAGUGCGCUGGCGCUCUGGAGACCUGGUUGUCGCACUUCCUCCUGCAGCUUUUGCGCCCGAAUAUCAACCCCCGUGCUUUCACUCCGACGCUCAAGUGCGGCAUUGCGCCAUCUGGGCUGUUGACUUUUCGGUCUCCACCCGCGUCAGCUUCAUACUCUGGAGGCCCGCUGUUCGAGCAACCCGGGGACACGCGCCGGCAGGCAGCCGCUGGCGCGCUCUUGACUAUACUUUUGACGGUGACUUUAGCCUGCAUUAUCCUGGGCGUUGGGUUCCGGUUCCCUGGAUCGCCCAGGAUCACGCCCACUUGGUUUUGCUGCCGGAGGACCCCACGCGGGUCAAUGUCAUUGUGGAAGCAGACGGCCAUUGCUGGUGUGCCCUUGUCACAGCCGUUACUGAUGCCUGGCAACUCUGGACUGAGCUCCCAUCUAUCUCCUCUCAGCCCCGCGUCCUUGGUGUCCCACACCAGGAACUGCGCCAAGGGACGACCCUUCGCAGCGGCGAUGUUGUUUCCGGCUGCCCAGGGCUCCUCCCCCCCUGUUGGCUCCCCUGCUCUCUGGGGCUUGCGGCUUGGUGGGCACUCGGCUUUGCCUCCUCGGCCCCGGGCUACUUUCUCCUGCUUGCUUGGUUGUUCGCUCUCCCUCCGGUGUCGGGGGCGCGUCUUCCCCACGAGGGCGGCAGUCGACAGUGGUCUCUGGCUGCGUCAAGCUGCGACGGAUCAGCUGCCGAACCGCCUGGCUUUCGCCACCGCCUCUGGGACCCUGCUAGGGGCCUCCUUGGACCUUUUCCGGGGCCCACCUGCUCUACAGGAGGCCGCACCAGCUUGGUCCGAUUUCACCAGGGUCCGUCCACCUCAAGACCACCGGUUCAUUGAUUGGGUCCCGGUACCUUCGGCUCCGUUGUUUGCCACUGUUCUGAUCCAAUGCCCGCCUGCCACUAGAGCUGCACUUCUGCCCGCUACCUGUGCUGUGGCUGAUCUUGCUCGAGCCAGCAGACACUCUAUUCCUGACCUGUCAUACGUCUUGGCUUUUUUCAGAGGCUUGGUGCGGUACUGCCACGACUUGUAA